CUGAGACGGUUCAACUUCAUUAUUUAUAUGCUAUGGAUAUGGAUGUGAACUUAGAUAGCCCAAUUUCCAAGCAAACCCGCUGAAACUUCAAUUGAGCUCUAAAUGUACCUGCACACGCAUAACAUAUACACAAAGGAAAGGAGGGAAGGAGGGAGAGAGAUGGCUUUCAGGAAAUAUUGGCCAACAGCUUCUCCCCUCUUACUCUACCUGAUCCUAGCAUUGCCUCCCCUGGCAGCCUUCGCAGACCCCGAGCCCCUCCAGGACUUCUGCGUAGCGGACCUCAAUAAACCUGGACAAUCAGGCAAUGGGUUCCCAUGCAAACUUGUCUCCAAUGUCACAGUCGACGAUUUCGUAUCGAAAAGGCUUAGUCAUCGAGGAAACACUUCAAACCCCUUGGGAUCAAAAGUCACAGCAGGCAAUGUUCUGAGCUUUCCUGGUCUAAACACUCUUGGUAUCUCAAUGAACAGAGUGGAUCUCGAUAUUGGAGGCCUAAACCCACCUCAUUCUCACCCUCGAGCCUCCGAGAUGGUGCUCGUAGUGAAGGGCCAAAUCCUGGUGGCUUUUGUGAGCACAAGUAAUGUGCUAUAUUCAAAAGUUUUAGGACCUGGAGAACUGUUUGUGAUCCCUAGAGGGCUGGUGCAUUUUCAGCAAAAUGUAGGGAAAGGAAAGGCCUCAGCCGUAACAGCUUUUAAUAGCCAGUUGCCUGGCGUGGUGUUAGCCUCGACGUCGCUCUUUGGCGCACAGCCUUCGAUUCCUGAUCAGGUUUUAGCAAAGGCCUUUCGAAUUGAUAGGGGUUUUGUGAAGGAGAUAAGAUCAAAGUUUGGGUCUUAGGUUCUUAACCUUUUUGUUUGGGGGGUCUUGACUUGUUCAAGAUUUGGGAAUGCUAUUUGUUCAUCUAUAUUUGGAUUUUGAAGUGUCACUGUGUUAAGUUUGAAGUUGUUUGUGAGGUAAAUAAUGCCAAUAUUUAUUUUGGGGAAGUUGGUUUUAUGCCAUCCGCAUGUUGUCCCCAUAUCAAUUUGUUAUGGUUUCCAA